AUGCAGACCAGAGGGACAGAUGCAGACCAGAGGGACAGACGCAGACCAGAGGGACAGACGCAGAGGGAGAGACAGAUGCAGAGAGACAGACACGGAGAGACAGACGCAGACCAGAGGGACAGACGCAGACCAGAGGGACAGACGCAGAGGGAGAGACAGAUGCAGAGAGACAGACACGGAGAGACAGAAGCAGACCAGAGGGACAGACAAAGAGAGACAGACGCAGACCAGAGGGAGAGACAGAGAGACGGACGCAGACCAGAGGGAGACACAGACACAGAGGGACAGACACAGACCAGAGGGACAGACAAAGAGAGACAGACACAGACCAGAGGGACAGACAAAGAGAGACAGACGCAGAUACAGAGGGAGACGCAGACCAGAGGGACAGACGCAGAGGGAGAGACAGAUGCAGAGAGACAGACACGGAGAGACAGAAGCAGACCAGAGGGACAGACAAAGAGAGACAGACGCAGACCAGAGGGAGACACAGAGAGAUGGACGCAGACCAGAGGGAGACACAGACACAGAGGGACAGACACAGACCAGAGGGACAGACAAAGAGAGACAGAUGCAGACCAGAGAGACAGACGCAGAGAGACAGACGCAGACAAGAGGGACAGACACAGAGAGACAGACGCAGAGAGACAGAUGCAGACCAGAGGGAGACACAGAGAGACGGACGCAGACCAGAGGGACAGACAAAGAGAGACAGAUGCAGACCAGAGGGAGACACAGAGAGACGGACGCAGACCAGAGGGAGACACAGACACAGAGGGACAGACACAGAGGGACAGACACAGACCAGAGGGACAGACAAAGAGAGACAGAUGCAGACCAGAGGGACAGACACAGAGAGACAGACGCAGACCAGAGGGACAGACGCAGAGAGACAGACGCAGAUACAGAGGAAGACACAGAUAUAGAGAGACAGAGGCAGAGAGACAGACGCAGACCAGAGGGACAGACGCAGACCAGAGGGACCGACACAGAGAGACAGACAUUGACAGGCGAAGGACCAAUCGGAGUCUGUCUUUGGACUCUAAGAUUGACAAGGCGAAGGACCAAUCGGAGUCUGACUUACAGCGUGAGCACUGA